GGCCCUUCGAACUGGCAUCUUGCAAAGUUUUAUCACCCACAGUAUAAAGCAUCUUUCAGCCAUACUUUUGGAAAACUGAACCACGCCUUCAUCCCAUUGCAUUCCGUCUUCUUUCAUGGUCCCAUCAUAAUUCUUCGAUCUAAUCCUUGAAAUUCAAAACCAGAAAUUUUUCAGUUUUUCCAAUUGAAUCAGAUUAUUUCUACAGCCAUCUUUUCAGUCCCGACUCCUCUAUACCAUGGCCAGAGCACAGUUCUCAAAAUACACCCUAGUGGCGGUGGCUCUCUUGGUGAUAUACUCGCUCAGCUACUUUUUCACACCGGAUGUCGUCUAUGUCGAUCUGGUCACCAAGGAAGUUCUUGGAAAAGGAGCUGCUAAUGGUCCAACCCCUCAACAGCCUUUGAUUGAUACAAAUCUGAACCAGGAAGCCCAGCAAGAAGCUAAACAAGACGAACAAAAAACAGAAGAAAUAGAAGAAGAAAAACCGAAGGACCCUAUCCCGUUCAACGAUAAGGUUAAGGCUACGUUUGUGACCUUGGCUAGAAACAAGGAAUUAUUUGACUUGAUUCCUGCCAUCAGAGCUGUGGAAGACAGAUUCAACCGCAAGUUUCACUACGACUGGGUAUUCCUCAACGAUGAAGAAUUCACCCAAGAGUUCAAAGACUUGACCACAGCCAUCAUCAGUGGUAAAACCAAAUAUGGAAAAAUUCCCAAAGAACACUGGUCGUAUCCAGAUUGGAUCGAUUUGGACAAGGCUGCCGAGUCGAGGAAAAAAAUGAAAGAAGAAAAGAUCAUCUACGGAGACUCCGAGAGUUAUCGUCACAUGUGUAGAUUUGAAAGUGGGUUCUUUUGGCAGAACGAGUUGUUGGACGAAUACGACUGGUACUGGAGAGUCGAACCAGGUAUCAAAAUCCACUGUGACUUGAACUAUGAUUUAUUCAGAUACAUGCAAGAUAAUAAUAAGGUGUAUGGAUUCACAAUUUCCAUCCACGAGUUCAGGAAAACUAUUCCUUCAUUAUGGGGCCACACCAAAGACUUUAUAAAGUUGCAUCCCGAACAUGUAGCCGAAGACAACUUCAUGGAUUUUAUCUCUGAUGACAACGGAGAAACAUACAACUUGUGCCACUUCUGGUCGAAUUUUGAGGUUGCCAGUUUAAACUUCUGGAGGUCACAGGCUUAUCGAGACUACUUCGAGUACUUGGACAAGACGGGAGGAUUCUUCUACGAAAGAUGGGGAGAUGCUCCUGUGCAUUCCAUUGCAGCCUCUCUUUUCUUGCCCAAGGAUAAGAUCCAUUACUUCCACGAUGUGGGCUACAACCAUGGGGUAUAUACGCAAUGUCCUUUAAACAAGGAAUUCAGAUACGAGCACAAGUGCGACUGUAAUCCAGAUAAGGAUUUCACGUUCAGAGGCUACAGUUGCGGAAAGAAAUUCUACGACAGAAUGGGGAUGAUUCGUCCUGUGGAAUGGGAGAAGUACCAGUAG